AUGUCGGUGGCCUUCGCGUCCGCCCGGCCGCGGAAAGGGGAGGUCACGCAGCAGACCAUCCAGAAGAUGCUGGAUGAGAACCACCAUCUGAUCCAGUGCAUUCUGGACUACCAGAGCAAGGGCAAGACGGCCGAGUGCGCCCAGUACCAGCAGAUCCUGCACCGGAACCUGGUCUACCUGGCCACAAUCGCGGACUCCAACCAGAACAUGCAGUCCCUGCUCCCCGCCCCGCCGACCCAGAACAUGAACCUGGGCCCCGGAGCGCUGUCCCAGAGCGGCUCCAGCCAGAGCCUGCACUCCCAGGGCAGCCUCAGCGAUGCCCUUGGCACGGGCCUGCCUCCGUCCUCCCUCAUGCAGGGCCAGAUUGGCAACGGUCCAAACCACGUGUCCAUGCAGCAGACGGCCCAAAGCACGCUGCCCACCACCUCCAUGAGUAUGUCCGGUAGCGGCCACGGCUCGGGGCCCGGCUACAGCCACUCAGGACCCACCUCACAGAGCGUGCCCCUGCAGGGCCAGGGUGCCAUCGGCAACUACGUGUCACGGGCCAACAUCAACAUGCAGUCCAACCCAGUGUCCAUGAUGCACCAGCAGGCAGCCUCGUCCCACUACAACUCGGCCCAGGGCGGCAGUCAGCACUACCAGGGCCAGUCAUCCAUCGCCAUGAUGGGCCAGAGCGGGCAGGGCAGCACCAUGAUGGGCCAGCGGCCCAUGGCGCCCUACCGGCCCUCCCAGCAAGGGUCGUCCCAGCAGUACCUGGGCCAGGAGGAGUACUACGGCGGCGAGCAGUACGGCCAUAGCCAGGCCGCCUCGGAGCCCAUGAGCCAGCAGUACUAUCCCGAUGGACACGGCGACUACGCCUACCAGCAGUCGUCCUACACAGAGCAGAGCUACGACCGGUCCUUCGAGGAGUCCACGCAGCACUACUAUGAGGGCGGAAACUCGCAGUACGGCCAGCAGCCGGCGGGGUACCAGCAGGGCGCAGCCCAGCAGCCGGCGGGGUACCAGCAGCAGUACUCCAACCAGCAGACCUACCCCGGGCAGCAGCAAGGCUACGGGCCGGCCCAGGGAGCUGCCUCGCAGUACUCCGGCUACCAGCAAGGACAAGGCCAGCAGUACGGAAGCUACAGGGCAUCCCAGACGGGCCCGUCCGCCCAGCAGCAGCGGCCUUACGGCUAUGAGCAGGGCCAGUAUGGAAAUUACCAGCAGUAAGGAACGAGCACUCCUGUUAGAGCCUUGCAGUGGCAUGUCCCUCCGGGGAUGGUCGGGCCAGCGGCAGUUCUGAUGAGCUAUGACCUCUCGGUUGCCCUUCCGCCCCGCGCAGCGUCUGCAUGUGGCGCGUGCACAUUUCACGCUGGGUGUGAUGCCGAGCGUGCGCCGCGGGCGAGAGACAGCGCUUUGAUGGUGUGACCUAUCUGGUGCUGUGUAUAGUGUUGUAUGUCCAUACAGUGGAGAGGUUGUCUCCUUUUUGUCUCCCCCUCCUUGAUGUUUCUAGCUAGCUUUAGGGAUCCUUUUGUCAUCAGAGUGCUCUGAGCCCAGGCAUGGGACACAGCUACAAGAUGCCACAGUCCAUGUGUUCACAUAAACGGGCCUCGGGUCUGACUCCUCACACACUUGUCGUAAUGUGGGUUGUAAACUUGUCUCUCACUGGCUACACCACAGCUGGACACACGCCACAGCCCCUGGAUGGCCACCUCUUCCUGUGCCUCGAUUGGGGGGGGCAUCUUCUAUGUUUUGGGUCAGUUUCUGUUACGCAAUGAAAAGGAUAAAUACGCUUUGUUUGGAGAGGCUGCGAACGGUCUUUCCCAGAGCUUACACGCUCACACGCUACCUGUGUCUCUUGCCAAUUGUGUUUAUCCAAAAUGUCCUGUUUUUGUACUAAAAAGUGAAGAGGGAUCAAUGAGUAUAUUCCAAAUAAACAUACAAUUAGCCUAACCCAGGGAAGGAACGAGGGUCGUUCCUGAAGGAAAGACAGGGCAGUUCUCUGAAAUGACCGGCAUUGGCCCUUGUUUCUCCGAUGGUCGUUUCUGGGAUUUGAAUAUUUAAUAUGCCCAAUUCUAAACUGAUAAAAUAUUUAUACCAAACUUCCCAAACAGUUGGCAAGUUGUUUGUUUUAAUAUUAUUUCUUUCAGGACCUACUUGUUCAGAUCUCCAAGCAAGCGUCCUUUUUCUUUUAGAGCUAUCUGAAAUUCAGAUCUUAUUUUUAAAAAGAACCCCACAAAUUUUAUUGUGUUCUUCCUAACGAAAAGGAAGGGUUUUAUAUGGGGAAAUUUGAGUAAAUUUUACAUUCCUAGGACAUUAAAUCCCACUUAAAUUCUAUACAAACGGUAAAGACCGCUCACUUUCAAAAGCAUAGUCAAAGGAAAAACUCAGUAUUUCACUAAUUAGUAAUAGAGACAUUUUGGCAACUUUUACCUGGACAGCAGUACCCACAUGCAUACUUUAAAAACAUCUUUGGAUAAAUGCUGACAUACUUCUAAGAACAACCAAGAAAAUUUAAAGAAAAAACAAAAACAAUUCUUGACAUAUCAGGUCUACUGAAGAUGAUUUUUUGAAUUGGUAAGUUUCAGAAAUGUUUUAAAAGUGUAAAGUAAUUAUUUAUCCAGAGCUGUUGAAUGGUUUACAGUUUACGAGGUAUUUUAUGUUUCUGUUUUGUUUUGUUGCUUGAAUGAAUCCUGACAGUCCACACUGGGAAAUAUGAGGGCAAUUACUGUUCCCAUUUUACAGAUGAAGAACCGAGGCACAGAUUAAAGAUUGCCCCAGAUGAGUACCGGUCCUAUUCUAGGCUAUUUUCCCCUCUUCUGUGGGGACAGAAUCACAGAUGCUGGGAUAGGAGUGUUUAUCUUAGAGGCAUAUGGGUUUUAAAAACUCUUGACACUGGUAAGGGCUUAAAAAUAUGUAUUUAUGUUAAAUCGGUGAACUGAGAGUUCUUAAUUGCUAAAUGACACAGACAUUAGCAAUUUCAUUUAGGGAGGUGUCUUCCUUGCUUUUGUUCUGAUCUUUCUUGGCAGUUUUCAUAGAACUAAUUUGCAAACUCAGUCGGGGACUAAAAUUCCCCAUUGAAAAUGUUAAACAUUCUAGAUAACUGUGAAAGUCGUUUUAUUUUUAUUCCUUGCCAAUCUGCAAAUAUGCCUUUUAUGUGUGUGUGUGGUUUUUUUAAGUGCUGUAUUAAUACUUUUUGAAAGAAAAGGACACUUGAACUUAUCCCAAAACUUCAAUCUGAAAUGUCUUACAUUAAGAAUUUCUUGAAUGUUGUGUAUAUAUUUUAAAAAGCACUUUGUGAAAUAGUUUGUACAUUUAUUUCCUAAUUUAUACAUGAUUUUUGGUAUUAAUAUAUUUAAUGAUUAAUAACAGAAUGUUUAUUUAAUGUGUUGUCCAUUUUUAUGUAAUAUUGUGGGGGAAAAGUGAUGCCAGCAGUUCUUUUUCAUUAAACGUAUUCUAUCUUCUCUUCUGUAAUAUGUUUGCAAAAGCUUAGGCUGAAGUGAGUUGUUUGUGCGGUGUGGUCAAUGGUGCUUUAUUGUUUGUGACUGCUUCCACAGAAGGCCAGGGGACAUGCAAAGGAGACCCGGAUGUCGGCGCUCCUUCUUCCUGUGAUGUCCCUGACCCCCAGCAGGUCGUGGAUUUGAGACAUGCCCACGGUGUCCAGAAGUGCUGACACACUCACAGUGGCUGCAGAGCCUUGCCCCGGUGCGUGGUGGACUGGGACUCGAGCUGCUGAAAGGCCCCCAGUGCUCGAGGCCCCCGGUUCCGCCAGUGUUUGUGCGAGCAGGUGCUCCGAGCGGGGCACCGCUGCUGCUGUCCCCCUUUAGAUUUGUGGAGCUCUUCCUUCAUUCCUAUUAAUUGAACAGGUCAGAUUCGUCUUACUUGUGAGCACAGUACAUUUUCUGGAAAGCAUCCUAUCAGUUCGUUUUUUUCCAGUCAGAGUUUGGCGCCCAUAAAUUGCUUAUGAUUUGGUGUAAUGUAUGAAUAAACUGGUUCUUCAAAACCACCCUAA